AUGGCUGACAUUGGCACCGACUCUGGGAAUCUCUUCCGUCUAAAGGACGUCCUCUCUUAUUUCUCUGCUGUCAAAGGUGAUCUCUCCAAUGUCACCGCCCCGCCUUUUAUUCUAGCCCCGAGAUCGGCCAUCGAGAUCCCAGCCGCUUGGGCAUGCCAUCAUGAUCUCUUUCUCCAACCUUCAGAAGAACCCGACGCCGGAGUGAGAGCUUUACUUUUGGCAAAGAAUUAUGUAUGCAGCCUGAAACAACUCGUUGGUGCCGAUACAGAAGAUGCGGGCAAAAAGCCAUUGAAUCCAUUCCUCGGUGAACUCUUUCUCGGCUCAUACUCGGACAAGGCUGGUUCCCAAUCACAAUUAAUUGUCGAGCAAGUAUCACACCAUCCGCCAGUAACAGCAUGCUCCAUAUACAACAAAGAGCGUGGAAUAUCAUCACGCGGUUUUGUGGGACAAGAAACAUCGUUCAGUUUGGUCAGUGGUGUCGCGGUACGACAGACUGGCUAUGCGAUCAUCAAGGACGACAAACACGACGAGACACACCUCAUGACCAUGCCCACAAUCCUCGUCAAGGGAGUCACAACAGGAAAUCCCUACCCAGAACUAGAGGGCCCAAGUUACAUUACCAGCUCCAGUGGCUACAUGACAAAAAUUGACUUCUACGGGAAACGAGCCUUUGGAUUUGGCGAAAAGAACCAAGUGGUCGCUGAGGUCUUUGCGCCAGACAACAAGAAAGAGCCACUAUAUCGCAUCACAGGACAAUGGACUAGCAACUUAGUUAUUCAAGAUUCAUCAAAAAACACACUCGAAGAAUUCGACGUCGACAAGAUACCCAUUUCCCCACUAAGUGUCGCGCCCAUAGACAAACAAACACCUUGGGAAUCACGACGCGCUUGGUCAAAAGUUACACACGCUAUCAAAGAACGAAAUAUCGAAAAGGUGUACGCUCACAAAAGCGCCAUCGAGGACUCACAGAGAAGACGACGAGUGGAAGAGGAAAAGAAGGGUGUUGAGUGGAACAGACUGUUUUUCACAACAUCUCCAAAAGGAGAUGCAGUAGCGGAGGAGCUUCUAGGUAUGAUUCCUGAGAGGCUUGAGGGUAUAGACUUUACAAAGACGAAUGGGUAUUGGGCAUUUAUUGGAGUUGAUGGAGCGGAGGAGGUGAAAGCGAAUUUGAGUACGGAUACGUUACCAUGA